AUGGGGCCACGCGAGCUCGAGGGUGCCGCCGGGGGCGCCGCCCCGGCCGCCGACUUCGCGGGCGUGCUGGAGCUGACGGACGCCGACGACGAGGCCGUGCGCGUCGAAGUUUGCCAGCCGAUGCUCAAGAAGCGAUACAUCGACACUCUGGACAGCUCCCUCGGCGCUGAGGCUGGCAGCGACGAGGCGGCCAUGUCUAUGAUCAAGCUGACCAUGGCCAAGAAGACGGUUGCCGCUGACCUGGAGAGGUUCAAGCUGCCCAUGGAGGUGGUUCAGCAGACGCGCAUCGAGGCCUACAAGCACCGCCUGUCCUCCUGCUCCGACCGCGUGCUCCAGGCCUCGGAGAAGGAGGCCCUGGACGCGGCGCGGGUGUUCCUCGAGCUCUCGGAGGCCCGGACGCUGGCCCCAGCCCCUCUCGGAUCGGCCCUAUAG